AUGUCUCAAAUUGAAACGUCUGCCGAGGGUAAUGCCGAUACUAAAAUCGAUCCUAUGGAAGUAAUAAUGGAUAAUAAUGUUGUUGAUGAUGUUGCUGAAACUUCUUCUGCGUUAGCUGUACCAAAUGGAUUAAAAAAUAGAUCUGUAAAUGUAAGUGAUAUGACUUCAAUGGACUAUUAUUUUGAUUCAUAUGCUCAUUUUGGCAUACAUGAAGAGAUGCUUAAGGACGAAGUACGAACUCUCACAUAUAGAAAUUCUAUGUAUUACAAUAAACAUUUACUUAAGGGUAAAAUUGUAUUAGAUAUUGGUUGCGGUACUGGAAUUUUAUCAAUGUUUGCUGCUAAAGCUGGUGCAGCCAGAGUAAUAGGUGUAGAGUGUUCCAACAUAGUAGAAUAUGCUAAACAAAUUGUAGCAGAUAAUCAUUUAGACCAUAUUGUAACAAUAAUCAAAGGAAAAGUUGAAGAAAUAGAUUUACCUGAUGGUAUUACCAAGGUAGAUAUUAUUAUAUCAGAAUGGAUGGGCUAUUGUUUAUUUUACGAGUCUAUGUUGGAUACAGUACUUUAUGCAAGAGACAAGUGGUUAAAAGAUGAUGGAAUGUUGUUUCCUGAUCGUGCAAAUUUAUUCAUAACUGGUAUUGAAGAUAGACAAUACAAAGAUGACAAAAUUAACUGGUGGGAAAAUGUAUAUGGAUUUAAUAUGAGUGCCAUACGUAAUGUUGCUAUAAGUGAACCAUUAGUAGACUGUGUAGAACCUAAGCAGGUUGUUACAAAUUCAAGUUUAUUAAAAGAAGUAGAUUUGUAUACAGUAAAAAAAGAAGACUUAACGUUUACUGCUCCGUUUAAUCUUCAAGUCCGUCGUCAAGAUUAUGUGCAUGCAUUGGUUACUUAUUUUACUGUAGAGUUUACCAAAUGUCAUAAACGUAUUGGCUUUUCGACAGCUCCAGAAUCACCGUAUACACAUUGGAAGCAAACAGUGUUCUACCUGGAUAACUAUUUAACUGUGAAAAGAAAUGACGAGGUGUUUGGCACUUUUUCAAUGUCUCCUAAUGAACGCAAUACUCGAGAUAUGGACUUUGUUAUUGACAUCGAAUUUAAAAAUGAUGUUAACGAUGUUGUCGAAUCUAAUAAAUACCGUAUGCGUUAAUAGCAAUAAGAUAUCUUAUUUUUUAUUACAAUAAUUUUUUUAUACAUAGUACUUUUAACUUUUAAGAUAAAAAUAUUUACAAUGCCGAUUAUGGUUAAUUGAAGAACAAAAAUAGCAUUCAUUGAGACGUAAUUUUAAUUAUGAUAUUCUCUUUCUAAUAUAUUUUUUUAUUCAUUCUAACUCCAUUUUCCAAAAUCAACUAUGUUUAUAUUUGAUAUUAAUUAGAUGCUCACUUACAGUAACUAAGUGAUAUCUUAUAAUUUGUAUGUUAUUCAAAUAUUUACUUAGAAAAAAACAUUUAAUACUCGAUGUAUAUAGGUAACUUACGAACUUAAUAAUAGUGAUUAUAUUUGGAUUCACCUAUGUUUGUUGUUCCUAAUUAAAAAAUUUUAGUCUUGCUUUUAUAAAAAAAAAUAUCUGGUAAUAAA